AAGAGGCAGAAGUGGAUGUGAGAGACAGACACACACAGAGACACAGAGAGCGAAAGAGGGCAAGAGACUUGACUUUAAGAGACUCCUGCACUGACAACUCCAUGCAGUUCGGAACAAGAACGGCAGCGACCGACUCUGGUUUCAUGGGGACAUGGCAGAACACUGACACUAACCUCUUAUUCAGAAUGUCCCAACAGGCCAUCCGCUGUACACUGGUAAAUUGCACAUGUGAAUGUUUUCAGCCAGGGAAGAUUAACCUGAGAACCUGUGAUCAGUGUAAACAUGGCUGGGUGGCACAUGCCUUGGACAAACUUAGUACUCAGCACCUCUACCACCCAACCCAAGUGGAGAUUGUGCAGUCCAAUGUUGUGUUUGACAUCAGCAGCCUGAUGCUCUACGGUACUCAGGCUGUGCCUGUGAGACUGAAGAUAUUACUUGACCGACUCUUCAGUGUACUGAAGCAAGAGGAGGUGUUGCAUAUUCUACACGGCUUAGGCUGGACACUUCGAGACUAUGUUCGAGGCUACAUCCUUCAGGAUGCUGCAGGCAAGGUGCUGGACCGCUGGGCCAUCAUGUCCAGGGAAGAAGAGAUCAUUACCCUUCAGCAGUUCCUGAGAUUUGGAGAAACCAAAUCCAUCGUGGAGCUGAUGGCAAUUCAAGAAAAAGAAGGGCAGGCUGUGGCUGUGCCAUCUUCAAAGACAGAUUCAGAUAUAAGGACUUUUAUUGAAAGCAAUAAUCGCACCAGGAGCCCAAGUCUCCUUGCUCACCUGGAGAAUAGCAACCCUUCCAGCAUUCAUACAAAUGUUGAGCCCAAAACUGAGCCAGCCUGUGUCUCUCCUGUUCAGACACCCACGCCUGUCAAUGAUUUAUCAAAAACAGAACACACUAAAAGCUCGUUCCGCAUUCACAGAAUGAGAAGAAUGGGCUCGGCUUCCAGGAAAGGAAGAGUGUUUUGCAAUGCAUGUGGCAAAACUUUCUAUGACAAAGGUACUCUUAAAAUCCACUACAACGCUGUUCACCUGAAAAUCAAGCACCGGUGCACUAUUGAGGGCUGCAACAUGGUCUUCAGCUCUCUCAGAAGCCGCAAUCGCCACAGUGCUAACCCAAAUCCCCGCCUCCACAUGCCUAUGCUAAGGAACAACCGCGACAAAGAUCUAAUUCGUGCUACAUCAGGUGCUGCCACUCCGGUCAUAGCAAGUACAAAAUCCAACCUAACUUUAACAAGCCCUGGGCGUCCACCAAUGGGGUUUACCACUCCCCCUCUAGAUCCUGUACUACAGAACCCUCUUCCCAGUCAGCUGGUGUUCCCGGCUUUAAAGACUGUCCAACCUGUUCCUCCCUUUUACAGAAAUUUACUUACUCCUGGAGAGAUGGUGAGUCCUCCAACCUCACUCCCUACCAGUCCAAUAAUACCAGCAGUGAGUGGCAUGGAGCAGCAUCCCCCUCCUCCUUCAGAGUCAUCAGUACCUUCAGUACUGAUGCCCACCCCAGAGCCUAAUGCUGACCUUGCCCCCAAGAAGAAGCCAAGGAAGUCAAGCAUGCCAGUUAAAAUUGAAAAGGAAGUUAUCGAUACUGCUGAUGAGUUUGAUGAUGAAGACGAAGAGGUGAAUGACAGCAGCACAAUGGUGAAUGACAUUGGUCAUGACAAUCACUGCCAUUCUCAGGAGGAAAUGAGCCCAGGCCUGUCUGUGAAAGACUUUUCCAAAAGUGACAGAAGCAGAUGCAUUUCCAGACCAGACAUAAGAAGGGCAGACAGCAUGACAUCAGAAGACCAGGAGCAUGAGAGAGACUAUGAAAAUGAGUCGGAGUCAUCAGAGCCCAAAUUGUGUGAGGAAUCCAUGGAAGGCGAUGAUCGCCUUCAUGAACCUGGUGAAAAAUCUAUGAUGCACAGUGACAGACCAGAUGAAAACCACAAUGACUCUUCCAACCAGGAUGUCAUUAAAGUGAAGGAAGAGUAUACAGACCCUACAUAUGAUAUGUUCUACAUGAGUCAAUAUGGACUGUACAAUGGAGGCAGUGCCAGUAUGGCUGCCCUUCAUGAAAGUUUUGCUUCUACAUUCAACUACAGCAGCCCUCAGAAGUUCUCCCCAGAAGGUGAAAUGUGCUCCAGCCCAGACCCCAAGAUCUGCUAUGUGUGCAAGAAAAGUUUCAAGAGUUCCUACAGUGUGAAGCUUCACUACAGAAAUGUUCAUUUAAAAGAGAUGCAUGUCUGCACAGUGGCUGGCUGUAAUGCUGCGUUCCCAUCACGGAGAAGCAGAGACAGACACAGUGCUAACAUAAACCUGCAUCGUAAACUGUUGACCAAAGAACUGGAUGACAUGGGCCUGGACACCUCACAGCCUUCUCUUAGUAAGGACCUCCGCGAUGAAUUUUUGGUGAAGAUAUAUGGCGCUCAGCAUCAGAUGGGGCUCGACAUAAGGGAAGAUACCUCCUCACCUGCUGGUACUGAGGAUUCCCAUAUGAAUGGGUAUGGCAGGGGCAUGUCAGAAGACUAUAUGGUCCUAGACCUAAGCACCACCUCCAGCAUCCAGUCCAGCAGCAGUAUCCAUUCCUCAAGAGAAUCUGAUGCAGGAAGCGAUGAGGGCAUUCUCCUGGACGACGUCGAUGGGGCAAGUGACAGCGGGGAAUCUGCCCACAAAGCAGAUGCCCCUGCCUUAGCUGUAGGUAUGGGCACCGAUGUCCCAGGAUCCCUCAUGUUCAACAGUGUUUCGGUGAGCAACGGUGGGAUAAUGUGUAACAUUUGCCACAAAAUGUACAGCAACAAGGGAACCCUCAGAGUGCACUAUAAAACAGUGCACUUGCGAGAGAUGCACAAAUGCAAAGUCCCUGGGUGCAACAUGAUGUUCUCCUCUGUCCGUAGCCGAAACCGGCACAGUCAGAACCCCAAUCUGCAUAAAAACAUUCCCUUCACUUCAGUAGAUUAG